UCAUGUGUAUUGUCAAGUGUAGUUUGUGAGUGAUGCUUGCUUUGCUUGCGUGCUUUCUGCCAUAGAAAUAAAGUUAAAACCAACACUUGUUAAUUUAGAGCUAUGGUAUUAUUGAAGUCGCGGUAUUAUUGAAGCUCAAAGCUGUGCGUUGAUGACGACACAUGUGUGCAUCACUAUGUUCGAGGCGGGAUGAUGGUCUGCCGUCGGUGAUCAAUCUCGUUAGCUAUAAUGCAAUACGACGAGACACCGGAGGCUGGUGUGAAGAGCAGAAGCACUGGCGACGGUCCCCAGCGGAGGAAGCCGACAAAAGUGCUUAAGAUCGCCGAGAGCUUCACGAACUUGGACGAAACAGCGAAGAAUGGUCGGUUUGUGCGAGGGCCAUACUCGAAGCUCGGUCGGAGGUACCGGAGCGAUGGACAGGACGGUGGGAAGGGCCGUUUGGGCCCUGGUGUGUGUUGUGACGGGGAGUGUGAGCAGGAUACGAGUGUGAGUGGCGAGUGUGAGAGGCAGGGCGACCGCAGGGUCACGGGCUCGUCAUGCACGGCUCUGAGGACCGCCGUGGCUGCGUUGUACGCGCUGGAUGAUUUCGUAUUGGAGAAGAUUGGUGCUGGAUUCUUCUCCGAAGUUUUCAAGGUUACCCACAAGACGACCCACAAGGUGAUGGUGCUGAAGAUGAACCAGCAGCGCGCCAACCGGCCCAACAUGCUGCGCGAGGUGCAGCUCAUGAACAAGCUCAAGCACCCCAACAUCCUCGGGUUCAUGGGCGUCUGCGUGCACGAGGGGCAGCUGCACUCGCUCACCGAGUACAUGGCGGAGGGCGCGCUGGAGCAGCUCAUCCUGCACCCCACGCGGCCCAUGCCGCAGCGCCUGCGCGUGUCCUUAGCGGCAGACAUCGCCGCCGGCCUGCAGUACCUGCACUCGCUGGGCGUGUUCCACAGGGAUCUUACCGCUAAGAAUGUAUUAUUAAGAAAUACCGGCGACGAUGAAUAUACGGCCAUCGUCGCGGACUUUGGACUAGCCGCGAAAAUACCUCAUCCAGUGAACGGGUACCGGCUGCCGAGCGUGGGCUCGCCGUGGUGGAUGUCGCCGGAGUGCCUGCGCGGCCGCUGGUACGACCACCGCUCCGACAUCUUCUCGUACGGCAUCAUCCUGUGCCAGCUCAUUGCGAGGGUGGACGCGGACCCCGACGUGCUCCCGCGCACGGACAACUUCGGGCUGCACUACAUGGCGUUCGUGGAGCUGUGCGACGAGACCACCGCGCCCGAGUUCCUGCGACUGGCGUUCAACUGCUGCAUUUACGAGCCGAAAGCGCGGCCGCUAUUCCCCGAGAUAGUGACUCGGCUGGCGGAGAUCCAGGAGGGGCUGGACGAGGCGGCCUGGAGCUGCCACACGCCCAACAACAGCAUCGAGAGCGAGGAGCUGGAGGCGUCGGGCCCGCGCUCGUGCCCCGCGCAGUACGCGUGGCCGCGCCGCCCGCAGCGGUACAAGUCCGAGGGCGGCAGCCCGCAGCCCGACAGCGCGCACCACCGGCGCUCGCUGUCGGAGCUGGAGUGGUGGGGCGGUGGCGGCGGGGGGGGCGGCGCGGCGGCGGCGGGCGCGGCGCACCGCUCCGCCUCGGCGCUGCAGGAGCCCCCCCCCGCGCCCCCGCGCCUCGCCCGCCUCGCGCGCCAGGCGCACAUCAUGCUGCUGCGCGACCCGCCCCCCGCCGCCCGCGCGCGCCUCCCGCCCCCGCUGCACCGCUACCGCGGCGUGCACAAGAUACUGCCGCCGCACUCGCGCGCCUCGUCGUCCGGCUGCCUGGCGCCGCCCGGGCCGCCCGACGAGCCGCGCGCCGCCAGCCUGCCCUCCUCGCCCGCGCCCUCCCGCCGCGCCUCCCCCGCGCCGCCGCCCCCGCCCCCGCCGCCGCCGCCGCUGCACAAGAGCUCCUCCAGCAUCGAGCUGCGGCGCCGCGGCUCGUGCGAGAGCGGCAUCUUCUCCGUGGCCAACGAGGACUGGUGCGCGGCGCGGCGCGGGGCGCUGUGCCCGUGCUCGCUGCUGGGCUGCCACCGCUGCUGGUGGUGGGCGCGCGCGGCGGCGGGCGGCGCGGCGGGCGGGGAGGGGGGCGCGUGCGCCGCGUGCCUGGGCGCGUACGAGCGCGUGCUGCGCGCGUCGGCCGGCUCGCUGGACGACGACGACGGCUUCCUGUGCGGCGCCAGCGACGACGCGCGCGUGCACGUGCUGGCGCGCUGCUGCUGCCGCGUGCCCUCCUCCGUGUGCACGGACAGCUCGGAGGACGUGGCGUCGCUGGGCUCGGACAGCGUGUGCUGCGACGACCGCCGCCGCCCGAGCCGCCAGAUCUCCAAGAUCGUGGAGUACUUCGAGCGCAAGGGGCAGGACCUGCGCUGCGAGCGCGCGCUGCGGGGACACUCGCGCCUGCGCUCGCUGGCGGCGGCCGGCGUGCUGCGCGCCGAGUGGCUGCUGGACGUGCGGCACCGCGCGGGCGCCGCGGGGGGCGGGGCGGGGGCGGCGGGGGGCGCGGGGGCCGGCCGCCUCACCGUGUGCGAGGGCGCCGUGCGGUCCAAGCUGCCGCUGUUCGACAAGAAGUCGUAGCGCUGCGCCCCCGCGCCCCCCGCGCCGCCCCCGCCAACCCCCUAGACUAUCGCGCGCCUCGCCGGCCUAAACCUAGUGUGUUAUAAUAUUACUAAGCGAAUCUUAGAUACUUGUAUAGAAAAAUUUAUUAGAAACUUCAUACGAUUCGUAGUCUGUUCUUGUUAAUCUUGUAGUGUCCAGUGAGUGUGCGAUAGAACUUCAAAUUAAAAACAAUGAAACCACAUUUUAUGUGGUGACUUGUAUAGCGGUUACUACACCUACUAUUUACACAGUAAUACAAUGAACAUUUUUGAUUCGACUGAUUUAUAGGCGUAAUUUUCAACUCGUGUUUAUUACGAUUGUAAAUAGACUUAGAAACUAUAAACCUAUCGUUAAAUAGUCAGUGUGUGAAUAGUCGUUGUUGAUUACAGGCCUAUUGCCGGCCUUAAUCAAUUGAGUAUUAAGAUAUUGAUUAUGAUGAAAAAGAUGAUAAGAUAAAACACCCAUAUACUUAUAUAUUAUACAGUGCUGAGUGAGACACACUAAGUAAAUAUACAUUAUGUGUAUGCUACUUCUUUCCUAGGAAUAUGUACUAGGAAAUAUAGUACAUGUCUUCCCGAUAGUAGAAUACAUUUAUUAAAGCUCCGGUGCGUGCAUCAUACAUUAUUAUACGGAUAAUACAAUAUAUAAGGACUGAAAUUUAUUUACCAGGAAUAGUGUUUACGCAGUGGAUGGUGUUUAGUUAAAGAAUAACUCUUGUAUAUACAACAUUUUAAGCCUAAUGAGUUUUUACAAGUUUAUUACUAAAAUAAUUUAUAUACAGUAUUAUUGUAGUCCUUGCCAGUUGAGAUAAAAGAGAAGUGUAAAUAUGAUUAUACUUGAAUUAUUUAA